AGAGUCCUGAGUUAUGGUGUCACAAGCAGCUCUCAUUCCCAAAGCUGCUCUCACCUCAGAUGCAGGAGAAGAAGAGUCCUGAGUGAUGGUGCUGCGAGCUGCUCUCAUCGGUCGAUGGUGCAAAAAGCAGCUCUCAUCCCCCGAAGCUCCUCUCACCUCCUGCGCAGGAGAAGAAGAGUCCCGAGUGAUGGUGCCGCGAGCAGCUCUCAUCCCCCGAAGAUCCUCUCACCUCAGACGCACGAGAAGAAGAGUCCUGAGUUAUGGUGUCACAAGCAGCUCUCAUUCCCAAAGCUGCUAUCACCUCAGAUGCAGGAGAAGAAGAGUCCCGAGUGAUGGUGCUGUAAGCAGCUCUCAUCGGUCGAUGGUGCUGUAAGCAGCUCUCAUCGGUCGAUGGUGCCGCGAGCAGCUCUCAUCGGUCGAUGGUGCCGCAAGCAGCUCUCAUCCCCCGAAGCUCCUCUCACCUCCUGCGCAGGAGAAGAAGAGUCCCGAGUGAUGGUGCCGCGAGCAGCUCUCAUCGGUCGAUGGUGCAACAAGCAGCUCUCAUCCCCCGAAGCUCCUCUCACCUCCUGCGCAGGAGAAGAAGAGUCCCGAGUGAUGGUGCCGCGAGCAGCUCUCAUCGGUCGAUGGUGCAACAAGCAGCUCUCAUCCCCCGAAGCUCCUCUCACCUCCUGCGCAGGAGAAGAAGAGUCCCGAGUGAUGGUGCCGCGAGCAGCUCUCAUCGGUCGAUGGUGCUGUAAGCAGCUCUCAUCGGUCGAUGGUGCCGGAAGCAGCUCUCAUCCCCCAAAGCUCCUCUCACCUCUUGCGCAGGAGAAGAAGAGUCCUGAUUUAUGGUGUUGCGAGCAGCUCUCAUCCCCCACAGCUGCUCUCACCUCCUGCGCAGGAGAAGAAGAGUCCCGAGUGAUGGUGCCGCGAGCAGCUCUCAUCGGUCGAUGGUGCCGCAAGCAGCUCUCAUCGGUCGAUGGUGCCGCAAGCAGCUCUCAUCGGUCGAUGGUGCCGCAAGCAGCUCUCAUCGGUCGAUGGUGCCGCAAGCAGCUCUCAUCGAUCGAUGGUGCCGCAAGCAGCUCUCAUCCCCCAAAGCUCCUCUCACCUCUUGCGCAGGAGAAGAAGAGUCCUGAGUUAUGGUGCCGCGAGCAGCUCUCAUCGGUCGAUGGUGCCGCGAGCAGCUCUCAUCGGUCGAUGGUGCCGCAAGCAGCUCUCAUCGGUCGAUGGUGCCGCAAGCAGCUCUCAUCGGUCCAUGGUGCCGCAAGCAGCUCUCAUCCCCCAAAGCUCCUCUCACCUCUUGCGCAGGAGAAGAAGAGUCCUGAGUUAUGGUGCCGCGAGCUGCUCUCAUCGGUCGAUGGUGCCGCGAGCAGCUCUCAUCGGUCAAUGGUGCCGCAAGCAGCUCUCAUCCCCCAAAGCUCCUCUCACCUCUUGCGCAGGAGAAGAAGAGUCCUGAGUUAUGGUGCCGCGAGCUGCUCUCAUCGGUCGAUGGUGCAACAAGCAGCUCUCAUCCCCCGAAGCUCCUCUCACCUCCUGCGCAGGAGAAAAAAAGUCCCGAGUGAUGGUGCCGCGAGCAGCUCUCAUCGGUCGAUGGUGCCGCGAGCAGCUCUCAUACCCCGAAGAUCCUCUCACCUCAGACGCACGAGAAGAAGAAUCCUGAGUUAUGGUGUCACGAGCAGCUCUCAUCCCCAAAGCUGCUCUCACCUCAGAUGCAGGAGAUGAAGAGUCCCGAGUGAUGGUGCCGCGAGCUGCUCUCAUCGGUCGAUGGUGCAACAAGCAGCUCUCAUCCCCCAAAGCUCCUCUCACCUCUUGCGCAGGAGAAGAAGAGUCCUGAGUUAUGGUGUUGCGAGCAGCUCUCAUCCCCCACAGCUGCUCUCACCUCCUGCGCAGGAGAAGAAGAGUCCCGAGUGAUGGUGCCGCGAGCAGCUCUCAUCCCCCGAAGCUCAUCUCUCCUCCUGCGCAGGAGAAGAAGAGUCCCGAGUGAUGGUGCUGUGAGCAGCUCUCAUCGGUCGAUGGUGCCUCAAACAGCUCUCAUCCCCCGAAGCUCAUCUCACCUCCUGCGCAGGAGAAGAAGAGUCCCGAGUGAUGGUGCUGUGAGCAGCUCUCAUCGGUCGAUGGUGCCGCAAGCAGCUCUCAUCCCCCGAAGCUCCUCUCACCUCCUGCGCAGGAGAAGAAGAGUCCUGAGUUAUGGUGCCGCAAGCAGCUCUCAUCCCCCGAAGCUCCUCUCACCUCCUGCGCAGGAGAAGAAGAGUCCCGAGUGAUGGUGCCGCGAGCAGCUCUCAUCGGUCGAUGGUGCAACAAGCAGCUCUCAUCCCCGAAGCUCCUCUCACCUCCUGCGCAGGAGAAGAAGAGUCCCGAGUGAUGGUGCUGUGAGCAGCUCUCAUCGGUCGAUGGUGCCGCAAGCAGCUCUCAUCCCCCGAAGCUCCUCUCACCUCCUGCGCAGGAGAAGAAGAGUCCUGAGUUAUGGUGCCGCAAGCAGCUCUCAUCCCCCAAAGCUCCUCUCACCUCUUGCGCAGGAGAAGAAGAGUCCUGAGUUAUGGUGUUGCGAGCAGCUCUCAUCCCCCACAGCUGCUCUCACCUCCUGCGCAGGAGAAGAAGAGUCCCGAGUGAUGGUGCCGCGAGCAGCUCUCAUCGGUCGAUGGUGCCGCGAGCAGCUCUCAUCCCCCGAAGAUCCUCUCACCUCAGACGCACGAGAAGAAGAGUCCUGAGUUAUGGUGUCACAAGCAGCUCUCAUUCCCAAAGCUGCUGUCACCUCAGAUGCAGGAGAAGAAGAGUCCUGAGUGAUGGUGCUGUGAGCAGCUCUCAUCGGUCGAUGGUGCCGCAAGCAGCUCUCAUCCCCCGAAGCUCCUCUCACCUCCUGCGCAGGAGAAGAAGAGUCCCGAGUGAUGGUGCCGCAAGCUGCUCUCAUCGGUCGAUGGUGCCGCAAGCAGCUCUCAUCCCCCAAAGCUCCUCUCACCUCUUGCGCAGGAGAAGAAGAGUCCCGAGUGAUGGUGCCGCGAGCAGCUCUCAUCGGUCGAUGGUGCCGCGAGCAGCUCUCAUCCCCCGAAGUUCCUCUCACCUCAGAUGCAGGAGAAGAAGAGUCCUGAGUGAUGGUGCCACGAGCAGCUCUCAUCGGUCGAUGGUGCAACAAGCAGCUCUCAUCCCCCGAAGCUCCUGUCACCUCUUGCGCAGGAGAAGAAGAGUCCCGAGUGAUGGUGCCACGAGCUCCUCUCAUCGGUCAAUGGUGCCGCAAGCAGCUCUCAUCCCCCGAAGCUCCUCUCACCUCCUGCGCAGGAGAAGAAGAGUCCCGAGUGAUGGUGCCGCGAGCUGCUCUCAUCGGUCGAUGGUGCCGCAAGCAGCUCUCAUCCCCCAAAACUCCUCUCACCUCUUGCGCAGGAGACGAAGAGUCCUGAGUGAUGGUGCCACGAGCAGCUCUCAUCGGUCGAUGGUGCAACAAGCAGCUCUCAUCCCCCGAAGCUCCUGUCACCUCCUGCGCAGGAGAAGAAGAGUCCCGAGUGAUGGUGCCGCGAGCUCCUCUCAUCGGUCAAUGGUGCCGCAAGCAGCUCUCAUCCCCCGAAGCUCCUCUCACCUCCUGCGCAGGAGAAGAAGAGUCCCGAGUGAUGGUGCCGCGAGCUGCUCUCAUCGGUCGAUGGUGCCGCAAGCAGCUCUCAUCCCCCGAAGCUCCUCUCACCUCCUGCGCAGGAGAAGAAGAGUCCCGAGUGAUGGUGCCGCGAGCUGCUCUCAUCGGUCGAUGGUGCCGCAAGCAGCUCUCAUCCCCCAAAACUCCUCUCACCUCUUGCGCAGGAGAAGAAGAGUCCCGAGUGAUGGUGCCACGAGCUCCUCUCAUCGGUCAAUGGUGCCGCAAGCAGCUCUCAUCCCCCGAAGCUCCUCUCACCUCCUGCGCAGGAGAAGAAGAGUCCCGAGUGAUGGUGCCGCGAGCUGCUCUCAUCGGUCGAUGGUGCCGCAAGCAGCUCUCAUCCCCCAAAGCUGCUCUCACCUCUGAUGCAGGAGAAGAAGAGUCCUGAGUGAUGGUGCCGCAUGCAGCUCUCAUCCCCCGAAGCUCCUCUGACCUCUUACGCAGGAGAAGAAGAGUCACGAGUGAUGGUGCCGCGAGCAGCUCUCAUCGGUCGAUGGUGCAACAAGCAGCUCUCAUCCCCCGAAACUCCUCUCACCUCCUGCGCAGGAGAAGAAGAGUCCCGAGUGAUGGCGCCGCGAGCAGCUCUCAUCGGUCGAUGGUGCAACAAGCAGCUUUCAUCCCCCGAAGAUCCUCUGACCUCAGACGCAGGAGAAGAACGGUCCCGAGUGAUGGUGCCACGAGCUGCUCUCAUCCCCUGAAGCGCCUCCCACCGCCUAUUUAAGAGAAGAAGAGUACCUAGUUAUGUUACCCUAAGCAGCGUUAAUUGUUCACUCAAUUCCAAUAUUGCCACAUUGUUUCUGCAACUCAAGGACAGAGAUGCUGCUGCACUACAGUGUAUCUGAGAAUCAUUUUGUUGUUCUAAUUUCAAUCUCCCUCUGAGCUGUGCUCAGUCCUUCCAUGUUUUUACCAAUGUGUUGUUGGGGAUCAUUUAAUGUGCCCUGACUGACUUCUAUUAGUGCCUGAAGGCGGUCGCCUGUGGAGGAGGGGCCAUAGGAUAAUUUUUUCCCUCUAUAUAAAAUAAAUCUUAUACAGGUCAAAAGAGGGUUUUUCGAUCCUAUACUAAUAGAACUCUUGAUAAUGGGAACGCAUUGACCUUUGGGUGAUUCACUGUUAUUUAAUCUCAUCAAUCGUCUUUUCAACCAAAGUGCUGGAAAAAUCUCACACUUAGCCACAUAUAGACAGAUUGAGUUGUUGUAAACAGUCGUGUAGGAUUCAAGAGUACUAUGUCAUAUAUCUGUGAACUCUAAACAGACUUCAAAUGACACACUUUUAUAAAACAUGUCCCGUUUUGUAUGAAAUGUUGGGGUUUUCUUUGAAUUUUCUGAUUGUGACUAUAAUGUUGAUGUGAAAAUAAACCUCCCACACUGACCUGA